GCGGAAAUGUGGAAGUAGAUGUGAAGUUUAGUUACAGUAGAUAUACUGUAAGGAUUAGGAUCUCGAUAAAGAUAAUGUUGCAGUUGCAUUUUACUAAAGACGCUGUGCCCGACAAUGUCAGCAGUGAUUUUCAGACCUUGAAUAAAUUCAGUGAGCAGCAGUUUCUGAGCUUGACUGAUUUAUUGUACCAGUUUCUGCUGGAGCCUAAAGAGACGGAGAGGUUUCUGGCCCAGCUGAAUGAAUUUGCAGGAGAGAAUGGCAUGGGUGCAGGUCCACUUAGAGGCUUAAUGAAGAGCAUUGUGCUGCUUCCACAAGGUGCUAUGAAGAAGAACCUGACAGCUGAGCAGGUAAAAGAGGACCUGCUCUCACUUGGGUUGACUGAAGACAAGGCCAGUCACUUCUCUGACCAGUGGAGGCUUCACUAUCCAGUGUUGUCCAGAUUGGCAGUUGCACAGACACUGAUGGUCAACCAACUGGUGGAUAUGGAAUGGAAAUUUGGCGUUACUGUAGGAACAAGUGAAUUGCAAAAGGCUGGAAACAUCUUCCUGCAGCUUAAGCUGGUGCUUAGGAAAGGCAACACAACAGAAAAUGUGUAUAUGGAACUGACUCUACCCCAGUUUUAUAACUUCCUUCAUGAGAUGGAAAGAGCCAAAGCCAAUAUGGACUGCUUCAGCUGAGGACCAGUAUCCGUUCACAUUUGACUCCUCUAAUGUUGACAAAUACAGUGUUGGAGAAUCACUGAAGCUAUCGAAUGUGUGUAUGGGCAUGAAUGAAUGUGUGUUUGUAUGUGAUUAAUGUAUGACUCUAAUGUUUCCAUGCACAGGAAAACUUGAGGUGCACUUUGAUCUGUUUGAUUCACUAGUUUGUUGUCUUUUCUACAAUGAAAUCUACUUACUUAAUAAAACAAGCUGAUCAGUA